GACAACAAGGAGAAUAUCGCGCCGGCGACUUCGAGCGAUCCGCUUCAGCGAAAAGGAUCAUCCAUGUCACCCGCCACAAAGAAAGGAGGGCGUCGAGGCAGAAGCAAGAGUAUCGGACCUGGCUCACUGGACGAACCGGAAGCACCCAAACAACGCGAUACAAAGGACAGACGCAAGUCGGCAUUCAUACCGUUGACUGCGACGAAGUCGAUUCUGUCGAAGGAUGAAGCGGCGGGAAAGGCGGCGCGUCGCAACUCGGAUGUGGACGACGGUGGACUAUUCACAACCUCGGCGCAGGACCAGGAAGAUGCCGAGCUGCUCUCAUCUCCAGUCGCACAAGAUCGCGGAUCAAAGAAGUCUGGUCGCCGAAGCUCUGGCAUUCCCCCUAUGAACUUCAACAAUCCGGACGAUUUCUCCUCGAGCGGCGUGAGUGGAAGUGAAGAGUCGGGAAGCGAGGAUGGCGAAGAGGAGGAUGACAUCCUAUCGGGAGAUGAGACUGGUACAGCCAUGAGCCUGGAUGUGGACGAGGUCACCAUGCAGUCCGGAAGUGACGCAAGCACAUCCUCGAGCGCGAGACUGGAACUGGCUUUGCAACAAGCUGCGAAGACGGCAGGCACAAGAGGUAUUGAAUACGAUGAGUAUGGCGACAUGUCCAUGGAGAUUGCGGCCGAAGAGAUCACGAACGCAUUCAAACCUUGGGUACAGUCGAAUAUCAUGGAGCCUAUCGGAUCCGCUUCUCUGGAUCAGGAAAAUGUCAACCCUUUUUCGCCCGCGUUCAAAGCUGAUAUAGCAUCUCGGCCAUCGACGAUCGUAGAGGAGGAGGAAGAGGACGACAUGAGCAUGGAUGUCACACGUGCAAUUGGCGGAAUCCUCAGAGCACCACAGCCAGCUCCCGCCAGUUCACCUGGCAGUGAUGCGACCAUGGAUUUUACUCAAGCUGUUGGCAGGAUCACCAGCCAGAAGAGACGACGCUCGACAACCGAGACUGGCUCACCAGGUGCCACGAUCAGUAAUGCUCAGUCGAAGCGAAGGCGAUCAUCCGUUGCACGCUCAUCCAUGGGAGACGAUACGAUGGAUCUGACAAUGGCAGUGGGCGGCAUCAAGAGCUCCAGCUCGCCAACAAAGCCGGAGCGUAGAAGAAGCUUGCGAAGUCGACGCUCUUCUGGUGUGGCGUCCGAAGCUGACGAUGCAACAAUGGAGUUCACUCGAGCUGUUGGUGGUAUCAGGGCUGCCGAGAUCGCUGAAGACGACAGUCUUGUCGGUAACGAGGAGCUUUCCAUGGAGUUGACGACAGUGCUUGGUGGGAUCAAGAAUGCACAGCAGCCGCUGCUGACGCCUCUCCUGCAGAAGCAGACGGCGAAUUCGAGCGGCGAUCAAGCAUUCCUCAGCAAGCCUAAGUUGGCCAGGACGCCCAAUGCUGGAUUGACUGCCGAGUCCACUGCUUCGCCUGUUCGCAGCGAAGCACCAGCAGAGGCAACGCCAGUUGCAAGGACUCCAACCCCGAAGUCAUCGCCUAUCAAGGACUUGACUUACCCCGAUCUUCCAAUUGUUGGUCCAGGCUCUGCUCGAGCAAGAACGCCGUCUCAAAGUCCAACCAGGCAACAAGUCCAGAGGACUCCAACUAGUGGGCUUCGUCUUCAACAAGAUGCAGCUCAGCAAAGCAACGAGCCAUCUCCCACCGUGGCGAAGAAGCAGCGAAGCUCGCCGGUCAAGUCCGCCGCAACGACGCCGGAGAAGCGCAGGAGCGCAGAGGACUCGCAGAAUCUGACCAACACCAUCAAGCUCAUGUCGACACCCAGGAAAGAGACUCUUAAGACCGUGACGCCGAGAAAGCACACUCCUGCGAAACAGCUCUCUCCUGUCAAAGCCAUGACUCCCCGCGCAAGACCGACUCCCAAAGGUCGCCAGACUGCUUCCGGCCCUACAGAAUUCGCGUCUCCAGCGAAGCGCCUCUUCGAGGAUCUGGAUAAGAUUCGCGCUGGAGGUCAGCCAAUGGAGAAGAUUGGCCUGCAGGACUUCCUGAAUCAAGCGAACAUCCGGUUCAUGGAUCUCACCACGACCAAACGUCGAAUGACGACUGCUCCAACUCCCUCCAAAGCGAGGCGGGCGAGCAACUCGCAAGGCGUAUCCGACAACGAGCAAGCCACCCUCGAAAACGCUGUUGUCGCAGCAGCUUGCACCACUCCCGAGCUUGAACUUUACCAGCAUGCGUGUCAUGAGCUCAAGCGAUACACCAAGGAGGGUAAACAGAUGAUUGCAGAGCUGGAAGCCUCCACAUUGCGGGAGCAGCCACCUUUGAUUCAGGCCUACGUGCAUGCCACGCCAGAACGUAAGAUCGCGCUCGAUGUGCAGAUGCGUGACAUGAAGACUUUCGCCCGCCUGCAAAGCAAAGAGCUGUGGUAUGAGUGGCGAAGCCAGCUGUUGGAUGAACUCAUGGUGGGUUUGCAGAACAUUGGCGAGGGCCUCAUUAAGGAUGACGAAAUCUUGGGUCAGUCUGAGCAGAUUGUGGACCAAGUUUUGCCGGCUCUGGUGGAGCAGCACGAGGCUUUGCAGGAAGAGGCGGACCGUCUCGAGGCGGACGUCAACGCUGUGACUGAUGAAGAGAAGGAAGAGUUGCAGGUGGCUCGAGGACGUCUCACCGACGUGGACGCUGACAUCGCUGAGAAGAAGCUGUUGCUCGAGACACUACAGGAUCAAGUGCAAGAGCAGGAUGAGCUCGCAGAGAAGCUGCAGAGGAGCAAUGCAGAGUUCACUGCAGCGACACAUGAGGCCAAUCGAGUUCGGGAAGCGUGCCGUGGUGUGUCUCUGAACGAGAUCACAGAGUUGAAGGCAUCCGUCAAAGACCUCGAAGAAUCCUUCGGAUGGUCCAUCAUCUCAGCCUCUUCCUCACCAGCGACAGUGACGAUGACCUACAAGUCCGAUCUCGAGCUCCACUUCCACCCACAAGCCUUCGCGCAAGAGCACGAGCUAUCUAACGCGCCCAUACGCCUGACUUACAUCGCCGACUCACAGCCGUACAAGAAGAAGUCGCUGACCACCACUCUCCGCUUUUUCCUACAACUCUUGCAAGCGACCCUUCAAGGUCUUCCGCAGUGCACGACCAAGAUCGCCGACCUCCUCAGUCUCGUCAGCAACGGCUGGGAUACGGCUCUUUCCCUCGCCGAGACCGAGCGUGGGCUGAACCUUGAAGCGCUGACUGAGACUCGCAUCCUCGGCGACGAGCGUCUCGCCAUCGAGGCGAACAUUCUGCUCUCUCGCGUGCGCACGAAAGUCCGGGCGACAUUUGAAGUUUCUGCGACGGUCGGUGCGGAUCUGCAGGUGAGGACCGGUGUGCAGCCGAAAGUCACAGUUGUCUACGGCGAGCAGUACAACGAGAAGAACAUGGCGGAAUUCAUUCGUGGUGCAGUGGGAACGGGGUUUGAGGGUUGGGACGUUGCGGUCAGGGGAAUGAGGGAGAAACUCGUUGCGAGAGGACCUAAAGGCGCGAGGAAGUGAUGUUGAUAGUGAUCCAUCAAUUCAAGGCUGGCAUUUGCAUG